UAUUUCCAACACAGAAGUAAUGGCGGUGUUCUUGAGGAGUAUCUGUCAAUUGUGCCUUUCGAUUGAAGUCGACCACCUCAGCAGAGUUGGCCUCACGUGACUGUAAUUUGCCUUAACAAUCCUGUUCAUUGUCAGUGCAGUCAGGUGUUGCUGAGACCGAGAGUCGCGUCCAGGCAGCGAGCAUGGAGAAUCCGCGGGCGCCGGUUCUGCGCGCUGAGCGCCGUCUGAUUUACGUUUACGCCCUGGGCGCCUGCUUUUCCAUAAUCGGGCUCAUCUGCACGGCCGUCUCGUUCGGCUACUGGCACUUCACGCUGGACGAGUGCGAGGGCCACCCCAAUUCGGACCAACGCCACUGUGGCUGCCUCUUGUUCACCGAAAGCUCGACUCGGCUGCUCAUCGGCGGUGACACGCGGAUUUGUCACUUCGUCGAGUUUUCCUGCAUACCUGGCAUUGCGGUCGGCAUUAUCAUGGCCGUCUGGCACUGGUACAGGGUGGCAUUUGUCCUCAACAAAGCACCAAAGCCAAAGAGAUACAGACGACGUCCAGUGAACGCCCAAGACGACAUCCCAGGGUUUGCCGAAACUGUCCACAGGGUGGAGGUGGUGCAGAAGCCCUCCGUGGUCAGAAUCGUGACCUGGCUGACCGUCUUCUUUGUGGUCAUGGUGGUCGGCGCCCUGAGCCUGGCGUCGGCGGUCACUAUCACCAUCGGCACCGUCCAGUCAUGUCAGCAGUACCGCGAGAACCUGAUCGAGACCCUGUCCGCUGACGGAUACAUGGCCGCCCUCAUCAAAGACCGGCUGUCCUGCCAGGCAGUUUUUGACUUCAUGGACUACCUGCUGCCCAUCAAAGAGCGCUACUCGGCCAACUUCAUUAACACGGGCGUUGCUCUGCAAAUGGCCAUUGUUGCAAUUUGGUUUUCAGCGGUGACGUUCAUUAUGGGGGCGGUCAUUUGCUUCAUUGAAGCUCUUCGUGGAUCAAGAAUUUGUUGCUCACGACGAUAAAAGACUUUUAUAUUAAUUUUAAAACAACUUCUUACAAUUUCAUUAAUUUAUUGUAUAUUAUUAUCCCUGAAUCAACAUUAAAAAUGAAACACGAUCAA